CAUAAUUUUGACAUUAAUUUAAAUUCUACAUCUAAAUUCAUGAUGUUCUCCGUAAUGUUUCUAAUUAUAACCUUAAUGAACUUUGUUGAUCAAGGUCUAACAUCUCCAAUCUUUUCUCUGAAUGAGCCAGAUAAGAUUGUGUUCUCAGCACCCCUCAUCCAUCGUAGCUCUCCCGAAUCUCCCUUCUAUGACCCCUCCUACACGCGAGAACACCACAUACGAGAUGGGGUACGCACUUCAGUAGCAAGAAGCCGGUACUUCAGCCAACUGAUGGAAUUUGAAAAAGGGUAUGUCGCAGCCCCGCUUUCAGGGUGGAACUUGCUCAUGAAGUUUACAAUGGGAACACCGGGAAUUAGCAAUUAUGGUGUUUUCGACACUGGAAGCAGUUUUACCUGGGUCCAGUGUCGCCCUUGUAUUCGUUGCUAUAAACAAGGAAACUUUACGAUUUUCAGUCCACAAAACUCGACUUCUUAUCGACAAGUUCAAUGUGCAGAUCAAAAAUUAUGUUCCAUGGCACCAAAACAUUCAUGUGGGAGCUCUACCACAUCAGACCCUGACUUUCCCUUCUGUGUCUAUAAUAUUUCUUCUUCUUACAAGGACACCAAAACAUCAAGAGGGGUUGUCGCGACUGAAACCAUAACUCUGUCGGGUCAGAAUACCUCAAUGACCACAGGCAAUGUGGUUUUUGGUUGCGGACAUGACAACCAUGACAUAAAUCGGAAUCCUGGAGUUGUAGGAUUAGGUAACCUAAGUGCCUCCCUCAUUCGACAGUUAACUAUAUCUCGCUUUUCUCACUAUGUAUUUGCCAAUAAAACACAAAUACGCGGGAUAGCACACUUUGGUCCUGGAGCGUUCACGUCAGACCCUGGGAUGACUACACCUCUUCUACCAAAUGACUACGGACUCUACUACUUAAACCUCACAGGGAUCAGUGUAGACGGUUCAAACGUUAACCUUCCUAACGGGAUCUUUCAACAAUCUAAAGACAACAAUGGGACGGAUAUUGGGUUCAUUAUUGACUCAGGAGCCCCAUAUACAAUGCUUCAAGCUGAAGCUUUUGAUAUAUUGGCAGGUUCUAUCAUGGAUGUCAUGAAUGACCAGGCCCCUGAGAGCACAUCACGUUUUGAGUUGUGCUACUCAGAUAUUAGUAAUGCUCCAGAGAUCGGAUUCCAUUUCAAUGGCCUCGACUACAUGUUAUGUGAUGCAAAUGUAUGGGUAAAAUACUACGACUUAUAUUGCUUGGCUAUAAUCAGGCUCAAGGAAACUGAGGGUAAGAUUUCAAUACUAGGAUUUCACCAGCAAAGAAAUGUUCAAAUUGGGUAUGAUCUUGAUAACAACUUGCUUAGUUUAGUCUAUUCCGGAGCUUGUCCUGAUGAUGCUGUCGAUUUUCUACAAGGAUAAACGCAGCAUUUACAUAUCUACUUAUCAGAAAUCUCGACUAAACUGAGUAUCUAGCUAGUAAAUCCCCAUGUUGUUUCCCAUCAUACCUCCGUGAAUCAUACACCAAAAUAGAUUAUUCUACCUCUUUUAACACUUAAGAGGGAUUCUGAAAGUAAAAGCUUAUGUAAAGAUCAGCUAAAUAGGCAGAAUGAAAAAAAAGACAAUGCAAAUUUGUUCUUCAUAUAUUAACAA